UGCUAGUAGCAUGCAGUUGUUUUCUAUCCAGAUUAACAUGUGUAGUUACUUAAUGACAGCUGUUCAUGUAGACAGCAAAGAAUUUCUGGAAGUUGAAGAAUUCCAAUCCAUGACCUUGCCAGAAAGAAUGUUUGAUGAAGCAUCUUUAUUGGGACUUCAGGAUAUAAGAGGAAGGCCAGUUUGUCCUGUGUGCGGGAAGUCUUUUUUUGAUAGAAGCAAUAGAAAUCGACACUUAAAGAUGCACUUUUCUGGCAGGAAAUCUUUUACCUGCAAAAUAUGUCAAAAGACUUUCACCUGGAAGAAUAAUCUGACGACUCAUAUGAAACAUUACCAUGUAAACAACUACUAGUUUUGUUGUGCAGGGUGACUCACUUUGAAGAAUAAUCUGGCAACUAAGAUGAAACAUUACCAUGUAAACAACUACUAGUUUCGUUGUGCAGGGUGACUCACUUUGAAGAAUAAUCUGGCAACUAAGAUGAAACAUUACCAUGAAAAUAAUUACUAGUUUUGUUGUGCAGGGUGACUCACUUUGAAGAAUAACUAAACAAUCCAUAUGAACCAUUAUGAUUUAAGAGAUUUGUUUUUAAAAGAAGAUUCCUACAUCCUUAGGCACAACAUGUCAACUCUAUUAAAAUAUUUUUCUAAUGGCUACUAGAUUUUAUUACAAGGAAUGCUCUGUACUUGCUUUUAUUUAGUCUGGUGUCAACAUACAUGAUGCACUUAUCAUUGAAAAUUGUACAUACAUGAUAAAUUUGCAAUUGUUGAUUUUUUUUGUCAAUAAAAAUGUUUUAAUACUA